AUGGGUAAGGGCAAGGGCGCCGGAGAAAACUCAAAGAAAGCCGCUGGUAACGCAAAGAAGGCUGCCAAUGCUGCCGCUAAGGCUCAAGCUGAAGCUGAGCGUCUCGAAGCCGCCGAAGCCGCGAAGUGGGAUGAAGGGCUGAAGAAGAAGAGCAACAAGAAGGAACUUGAACAGCAAAAGAAGGAAGAAGCCGCCCGCAAAAAGAAGGAGCGUGAAGAAUUGUUGGCUGCUGAAGAAAAGGCCAACCCUUCGAAGUCUAGAGGCGCCGCUAAGGUCGCCGCGAAGCGUGCGGGUAAAAUUGACGACUUCCUCAACGACAUCCCCGAAUUGCUGGCAUCCGGGCUUGACGAUGCCUUGGCAGCUUUGGCUUUGACUCUGGCUGAAGGUGGUGUGGCCAACAAGGAUAUUGACCGUCACCCUGAGCGCAGAGUGAAGGCUGCGUAUGCGGCGUUCGAAGACCGUCGUCUCCCGGAGAUCCGUAAGGAACAACCGGGGUUGCGGUUGCAACAAUACAAGAACCUUUUGUUCAAGGAGUUCAAGAAGUCUCCUGAAAACCCCAUGAACCAAGACACCAACGUUGCAUUCAACGCUAGCAGAUCUGAAGUUGAUGCCAAGAAGCAAGAAGUGAGACUGGCCCGGGAGCUGAAGUUCUCUAAGUAG